AUAAUCUUCCACCCUCCACGCCUCUCUCUUCAUCCUUGACCUAUUUCUCUUCUUCUUCUCCGUAUACACUCUCUCACUCACUUCAAUGGAGGAAUCUUUGGUGUCAAAGAGGCCCAGAGAAGAAGAAGAAGAAAAAGACUUGAACUUUGAACAAGACUACUCCUCAAAGAGGCAAAAGCCAUACACCCACAUCCUCUCUCUUCUUGACUCAGAGGAAGAAGACUCCACACAAGACCUCUCCCCUCUCAUCACAACCCUGCAACAAGAAAUCACUUGUGCCUCCAACAAUGAUGAUUUCCAAGAUCCCCUUUUGGGUUGCCCAACUCAACCAAUUGACCUAGACAACCUCACAACAAUGGAUGGGUUAGAGAAUGAGGCAGCAGCAACAUCAGAAGAAGUUGUUGUUGUUGUGAAGGAAAAGGAAGAGGAGGAGAGUGAGAAGGAGAAGGUGAUGAGACACCUCCUCCAAGCCUCAGAUGAUGAGCUUGGGAUCCCAAGUAGUGGAGAUGGCGUCUUUGAGUUUGUUGGAGAAGAUGGAUUUAACAGUGAAAAUGGCUUUUCGUCUUUGUGUGACAAGAUGUGGGAGCUUGAAGACGAGAGAGCUAACUACUAUGCUUUCUUGCAAUCUGAACUCUUCCUAGGGGGACAUUGAAAAUUUGUUUCUAGGUCAAAUUAUCCAAAACUACAAAAUCGUAACAUAGUAGGAUCAGAGAUGGAGAAUAUUUUUUUUUUCUUUUUUUAAAACAAAUUAUUUACUUUUAAUUUUUUAAGCUCUCUCUUUUGUAAAAAUCACGAGAACUCUAUGCUGUCAUUGCUUAUCAUCUACAGUUAGGCAGUGCCCACUUUUGCAGGUCAAUCUGUACUUCAGCAUUAGAAAAUUUAAUUAGAUACUCACAUUAAGCAAAAAGAAAAAAAGGACAUUAGACUUUUUAUUU